AUGGCCACUUUGAACAGCUUGGUACUUUUCUUACUGGCCGGCCUGUCAGCAGCAGCCCAGUACGAAGAGUACAUUCUAGCUCCUAGCUCAAGAGAGCUUCAUCCAGUCUCUGUCUACAAAGUCAACGGCACGGUCGACGGAGCGGACAGCCUUACCGGCGAUGACUCCGGGAGCAGCACUUUCGAAGGUGUCUCCUCCGUGACCUUCGACUUUGCGAAAAACAUAGCCGGCAGAAUCUCACUCACAGUUGGCGAGGUUGAGGGCGACGAUCAAGCCAUUGGCAUUGCUUUCAGCGAGAGUUCCCUCUGGAUCACUGGUGAGGGCAGUGAUGGAACCGCAGAUGCUGGGCUGGACGAGCUGCUAUGGAUCUACCCCAAUGGUUCAGGCAAAUACACGGUUGGCGCAGAGCAUGAAAGAGGAGGAUUCCGCUACUUGAGUUUGAUCCACAAUACUACAGGCUCCAUGGAAGUCCAGCAGGUGACCAUUCAGUUCACUCCCAUGCCGCACUGGGAGGACGACGCACUCAAGGACUAUACAGGCUACUUCCACUGCGACGACGAGCUCAUCAACCGCAUCUGGUAUGCUGGCGCAUACACGAACCAGCUCUGCACGGUUGACCCGCAGUACGGCAACUCUCUCGUGCACCUUGGAACGAUCACGUCGAACCUCACAGGAGACGACACACCACCCAACACGUGGUACAACAACCUCACAAUAACCAACGGGACUAGCGCACUCGUAGAUGGCGCCAAGCGUGACCGCCUCGUCUGGGCCGGCGACAUGGCAAUCGCAGUCCCAGGUCUCGUCGUCUCAACCAACGACCUCAUCUCCGUCGCCAACUCCAUCGACUCCCUCUUCGGCAUUCAAAACAAGACAACCGGCCAGCUACCUUAUGCCGGUGUCGGGUUCCGCCCGCAAUUUUCGGCCACCUACCAUCUAUACACCCUCAUCGGAGUUGCAGACUACUACCUGUACUCAGACAAGCUUGACUACGUCCAAAACAAGUGGGCUGACUAUAAGCUUGCCCUGAACUUCUCCCUUUCCUUCAUCGACGACAGCGGUAUGAUGAACGUCACCUCCGCAGCAGAUUGGCUCCGCUUCGGUAUGGGAGGCCACAACAUCGAGGCGAACAGUAUCCUCUACUACACCAUCUACCAAAGUAUCAUGCUCGGCGAAGCGGUAGGUGAAGAUCAAUCCGUUCUCGACUCCUGGGCAUCGCUCGCAGAAGGCGUCAAAGCCUCAGCCAACCGCCUCCUGUGGAACGAUACCUCUGGCCUCUACCACGACAACGAGACCACAACCCUUCAACCACAAGAUGGAAACUCCUGGGCCGUGGUCGCGAACCUCACAGACUCAGACGAGAAGAUCUCCGCCAUCAGCUCUGCUCUUCGCGAGCGCUGGGGUGAGUACGGUGCGCCUGCCCCCGAAGCGGAUGAUGCUGUCAGUCCCUUCAUCAGCGGCUUUGAGCUACAAGCACAUCUCCUCGCAGACGAUACCGCCGCAGCUCUCGACCUCAUGAGGCUACAGUGGGGUUUCAUGCUGGACGACCCUCGCAUGACGAACUCGACGUUCAUCGAAGGGUACGCCUUCGACGGUAGACUCCACUACGCCCCGUACACGAACGACCCUCGCGUGAGCCACGCUCAUGGCUGGUCAACCGGACCUACGAGCACUCUGACAUUCUACAUUGGUGGCAUCCACCUCACGAGCGCGGGUGGUCGAACCUGGGAGCUGAGCCCGCGGUUGGGGGAUCUCACAUUCGUUGACACCGGCUUCGAGACGAGUGAGGGCGCUUUUGCGUCGCAGGUAAAUGCCACUGGUGGUGUUGUUACGGGGUUCAAGUUCAGCACGCCGGCGGGUACUAGUGGAAGGGUGAGUCUGCCCGGAAUCAGCGGCAGUCUGAGUAGUAGCAACGGAACUACCGUCGCGUUGCAGGACGGCGAAGUAGAGAACGUCGCUGGUGGAGAGUGGACUCUGGUGCUGAGCGGUAAUAGCACAGGCGGUGGCAAUGGCACUGCUGGAAGUGGGUCGCCGGUGCCGUAUACCGGGAGUGCCACAGUAGCAUCGGGGUCACUUGUGGCGAUUGUCGCUGCUGUCUUCGCAUUCCUCUUGUAA